GUUUUGCAUCCGUUAUAGGCUGUCCAUCAAGGUCUCGUGCUUCGCUCAGUCGCAUCGGCCGAUCGGCGAUGGCUUCCCUCCUCUCGCGCCGAUCCAAAACCCUACCUCUCCAUCGCUACCUCCUUCGCCCUUCUGCGUUAAGUGAGGCGUUCGCCUCCGCCCAGUUCCUUCGGGGCCUCGGCUGCGGUGCUUCCCGCCCGCUGUCGGGCGCCGGAUCCGCUGCUCCAUGGACGGAUCGCGCCGCACAAGCUACUCCUACACUAGCCCCGCCUAGGGUGAUCGACAACCUUGGUUCAGAGAAGACUUCUGUCCGUAGCAAGAUUCUCUCAAAUUUCACUUUUAGUUCAUUACAUAGUAAUCCACGAUGGUUGGCUUGUUCCUUGCACACAAAAGCACACGUUGGAGAAAUGAACUGUCCAGCAGAUAAUUUGAACUCUCAGCAUAAGUAUAAUGAAGACUCAAAGGUUCUUGCUUUCAGUCCACUUGAGGGGACCCUUACUAGGGAAAGGAAAAGUGGAUUAGUUAAUGAAAGCUUGAAGGUGAAGAGAAUGGAGCUCUCCAUAAAGACUACUUAUGCGCUUAUACCAUUGUUGCUACUUGUAUCAAAAUCAACGUUAACUACAUCAAUGCUGGUCUUGUGCACAUACUGGCAAAUCUAUGGGUUUUACAAGGAGAUCAUUCUGGAUUACAUUCACCAUGAAGUCACAAGGAAAUGGGUUUUGAUAUAUUUCAGCUUGCUGCUACUCAUCUUGGCUAAGGACACCAUCCUUGCUUUCAAUCUAGUAUGAUGUCCUCUAAGGCUCAUCUGCAAGAUGUAGACUGGCGGAUAAGGAAGUCGGAUGAUGACCAGCGUAUGACUUCUCGAUUUAUUCCUCGCAAUCCCCCUUUUCAAUUAGGUUCAAGUUCAUGAUGGCAUUUGGAGGUUAUGUUUGACUUGCUUCUAUUUUAAUUUGCAAUGACUUGAUGGGAACCCUGGUGUCUGGAUGAUUGCCUUUUAAUAAAGUCCCAGUUGAAUCCGGUUUUGUUGGA